AUGCCGGCUGCUCUGCACGACGACGCCCCCCGGGCCGCGACGGCCGCCGACGCCCCCACCGCCCCGCCGCCGGCGCCGACUACGGCCGCACCGCCGGCGGCGUCCGCCGCCGACGUUGAGGCAUCUGAGGCAUACCCCGCCGCGAGGCGCCCCCUGCUCGCAGCUCCCCCCCAGCCCAGCGGCGGCAUGCCCCUGCCCAUGCCCGACAUGACCCCCGACAACCCCCUGGGCCCCUGCGCCGUCCCCGGGAGCUACUACAACGGGGUCAACUGCCGCCGCAUCUACCCGGCCGGCAGGGGCGACCGCGACCGCGACCGCCGCCUGCCGCCGAUCGACACUCACUGCGUCGAGUGCCGCGACUGCGGCCGCCUGGAUAGCUGGUGCCUGGGCCACUGCUGGCGCUGGUGCCCAGAGCGCAGCGGCUGA